GGGACUCUUACAUACCGUACACUGGAAGGUCUUCUCAUAGGUGCCAGCUAGAUUCAUCUUCAGGGUGGAGAACGUCAUUACAGACUCCAUAUGCACAGCAUCAACAUCUGUUUUAAAAUAUUUUAAUGCAUUCUCUGAGAGGCCUUUACUUCUGCAUUUCUUGCUUCUGGGGCUCUGACCAAGCUUUCCCUGAGCCAGAUAGAUUCCCGCUUCUUCAGUAACUGUCAUUGAAGGAAUAUAACUUAAAUAUUGAAGGUGUUAGUCAUUCAGGGAGACAGAAGAGAAUGGAAUCUUGGACUUCUGUCAUUACUGCCCUUUCUACUGAUGCCAGCCUCUGUUGUGCGGAGCUCUGAAACGGGUAAGACAAGACCAGAAAAGCUGUCAUCCCUCACAGACAGACCCAAACCGAAGCACGGUCUGUAUGAAGCAGAUACGAAGGAAGAAUAUAAGCAACAUCCUCAGAGAAUUGCAGGAAAGAAAAAAGACCACCUCCAGUGUCCAGACACUUCAAUAAAGGGUACACAGCUUGAAGAUGGACACUAUGAUUUUGUAACCCUCGAUAAGAAAGCUCUCCUGCAACAAUGCUAUACAAACAAACCAUAUAAUAUGCAGCACAACAUAAGGAAAUCAGAAGCUGAAGAUGUUGCUGCAGAGAGGAGAAAACAGGCUGUUGUAGAACAAGUUAUGGUGGAUCAAUUAUGUAGAGCUGUUAUAAGUGAUCCAGAGCAGUCCACACGUUCUGAUUCUUGCAAGGAAGCUCAAGGACUUCUGGGAGCUGGGAUGGCACCAAUGCGUUUUAGAAAAAGGACCCUCCAUGAAACAAAAAUAAGGACCAAAUCAGGACUAACUGAGAACAUGCUCUCCAAAAAACUAUGCUUUGAUAGUAGGAUUAUAUCAAGGACAAAUGCCUUGCCUUUCAUUCAGAAGGGAGUUUAUCAACAUCAACGUGGACAAAGAAGGGGAAAAGCUUAUGAUCUUAGUGACUUCUACGUUGGAGCCAAUCUGACUUUCUGAAGUGUCGAUCAUAACCUUCCAGAAAGUGUUAAGCAGACCUUCACCCUUCGUGUGAUAAGUAUUGAUGAAGCAGCUAUGGAUUAUCUGAAAGCUUCCUCUGUGGAACUCAAGGAAGAGUGUUCCAGGCAAGUGGUGGAUGACAGUGAAGUUUUCAAGAAGAUUCAAGGUAUAUUCAGAGAAACACUAAGUAAAAGAGGAGUUCGGGUUAUAACAGGCUUAGGGAAGUAUUUCCGACAAAUAGACAAGAACAGAAAUGGUUUUCUGUCUCAGGCAGCCUUGAAAGAAGCUCUAAAAUUAUUCAAUUUGGAAAUGCCUGAAGGGGACUUUGAAUCCUUAUGGCUUAUUCUUGAUGAUAGCAAGAAUGAUAAAGUCGACUAUGGAGAAUUUACUCAUGCCAUAUUUGGAGAAAUGAAUGAAUAUAGGAAAACAUUUGUAAGAAAAGCUUACAUGAAACUAGAUUUCAACAAAACUGGGACUGUGUCUAUGGUAGAUGUCAGAAAAUGUUACUGUGCAAAGAAACAUCCUCUAGUAUUGGCAGGCAAAAUUGCAGAAGAAGAAAUUAAAUCAUCAUUUCUAGAAGCAUUAGGAGAGUCCUGCAGCAACCCCAAUGAAGCGUCCUAUUCUGAGUUUGAAGAUUACUAUGAAGGAUUAAGUUUUGGAAUUGUGGGUGAUGAUGAUUUUGUUAAUAUUUUAAGGAAUUCAUGGGGAAUUUAGAGUGGAAGAUGACAAAAAAGAAGAAGGGACAUUUUCUAAACAAGGAGUGACUAAGUAAGAGAGGACUUAGUCUUGAUGUACAUUACUUUAUAAUUAGAGUCUUAAACUGAUUUCAGGGACAGAAAACUUUAGAUGCUUUCAGAAUAAUAUAUGGCAAAUUUCAUGGAGUGUCUGUUGAGUUAUGCUAGCCACUCUUCUAAUAAAAAUGCUGUUCAUGUCUUUUCACUGGAAAUUAUUAAGGCUGUUUCCCAUACCAAAAGCCAUAUUUUUUAUAUUAAAAUAAAGUCUCCUAUUUUAAAAUAAGAGUGAAUUAGAAUACUAAAAUGCCUGAAGGGGUAUGUGCAAGAGACAAUUUUGUUUUAUGAUGCAUUGUGAAAAUCUUCAGAUUUGACUGCAUAAGUGUGAAUGGUAGCUUUUCUUCAGAACUUUUCUUUUAACAUUCUUCAUCUCACUUAUUUUUUCUUAUGCUGGUACUUAGCUUGAAAGAGAGCAGGUCAUCGUUUUCCAAUUUUGAGGGUGUCUGCUGUACUGAAAGUGCAGAGAUGUUCACAGCAUUUAGCCCCUUGGCCUGUGCACCCUCUUGACUGAUCUUGCUUUGUCAUUUUGAUCACGCAUCCAAAGCAGAGCAUUGAAUCUCAAAGGUUUUAGUAAUCACACAUGUAUUUUGUAAUGCAUAUCAUCCUUUCCUGUAUUUUGCUAAAUGGUUUUCAAAACAAAUAAUUUAUAUUUAAAUAUCUGUUGUCUUUAUAUUGCUGGGAUUUUUUGACUAAAACAUAGCAAUUAUAUAUUUUGCCAAACUGAUAUAUAGCAUUUUCUAUAGUAAGGAAAGUAUAAAACGGAAAAGUAUUUAAAAAAGGCCCAAAACAUCCACCUCUGCCACCACAAAAAUUAAAUUAUAAAUUAAAAUAUUCUUUGCUAUUUCAGAUGUUCUGACAGGUACACUUUUCAAUGUAAUACAUCUUGCCAAUUCUGUAAAAUUCUUUGUGUUAAGAAAUAAAAAUACACAGUUAAUGAGAGACUUUGAUUUUCAUAUACCUGUCACUGAAAUUAACUGUAUGUUGAACUGCAUUGCUUAAGCCUAUGCAAUUAAAAAAUAUAAUUUUC